AUGAGCCUUGUUUUUAGACGCAAUGCCUCGUUUUUCGGGAAUUUGGGUGAAAGUAUCACCAAAAUAGUUCCUAAACCGCAUAAGUUUUUCAAAAUCACCAAACCGUUUGGUUUCGAACAGCCACCGAUCCAUUCUAAAGACAUACCCAAAAAACCAUGGCUCACAAAGGAAAACAUCAACGUGCCCAAACGGAUCUGGGACUUCUAUUUCGACGGAAUAACAAGACGAACAAGAGUCAACAACAUCCAGAAAGAGCUCGCAUAUGGUGGAAUGUACGAUUUCCACGUGUACAUGCGAACCAAGGGACGGCUGUUUGAAGCACCAAUUUCUUACUUCAAGAAGGAGAAGUCGCUGUUUUUCCCAAACUUUAAGGUCCGCACGUUCAAAGACAACACCGUGGACAUUAUGGACGUUCUAAAAAAGGCAAACGUCACCUUGUUGAAGGUGUACUCGACAGAUUCCGGUAAAGACAUGUUGGCUGACUACUUCAAGAUCCCAAACUCGGACGACCAAUACCUCUCGAAAACGGGAAUUCAACAGUUCCACAAAAGUUUCCCCAAAUCGCAGAUCGUCGAACUUGUUCUCAGCGAGAAAUGGUCCACGCAUUUUGUUCACACCUUCGUCACUCCUAAUAAGAUCAAAGCCGAUCUGCCAGAGUCUCAGUAUGACAAAUAUCUGGUUGCGCUUCGAGAGUCCGUUCUGCCCCGUAACGACCGCGAAAAACUUCUCAUGACAAAUACCUACGCCGGAUUCGUGUACCUGAUCGACGACUCGUACCGGAUCCGUUGGGCAGGCUGUGGAUUGCCCGAAGAAAAAGAAGUGCAAAGUCUCUGGAAGGCUCUUAAAGGUCUGGAGAAAGAAGCAGGCCGCAAACUCGUCAAGUCAAGAUAA